GUGCAACAAGUGGAGCCAAGCCACAUUUGGAGGGGAAGUACCUCAAGCCAAAGGAUGUGCUCAGUUGUUGCAUCGUAAAAACCCAUACGCCAACGAGAGGAGAGAGCACCGCUCAUCGAUGCCCUGUGCCUCAGCCCGGAGGAGGAGGAGAGAAGAGCGCACUUGUGGGUCCGAUGUGAAGCCCUGGCUGGCGUCUCAGAGCCCCAAUCAGGUGACAUUACCGACGGUGCUUGAGCCCUCCAUUGGCUGGUGGGGAAAAGGGCUGUGCGCAAAACCAACCCCGCUGCACACACUCGCCUCACAGAAGCAGAGAAGCUGAGAGCAUCAUCCGCCUUAAGCGCUCGCGCAAAGUAGACACCCUGUGAUUUGAGAACUGACUCUUCAGAACCACGCCGCUCUGCGCCCUUGGAAUUACAUUUUUUUUUCUUCUCUCUUUUCCCUGAGAAGGACUUGCUGUUCUGUUGACUUGGGAGAGUUGGCUGCGUCCCUGCGCUCCAGCCCGCAAUGACUGCGCUCACGCCAAAAAACUCCGAGACCAGUGCAGAACUGAUUAAAGCGGAGGAGCUGGGAUCAAAUGGCUGCGCGUCUCACAGCUGAAACCGCACAAUGUUCCACUGACCCGAGCCGGAGGAGAGAGAUCCCACCAGCCGCCGUCGUUUUAAGGACAGAAAUGGAAAAGGGGGUUUUGUUGUAGGUGAAAAACAAGUGAUUUUUUUGGGUUUGUUUCGUGUCAGUUUUGAAGUGCGCUUGAAGAAGGAGGACGAUGAUUCGCUGGCUGAUCCUGCUGCUCUCCAUCCUUGCCGGAGCCGAUGGUCAGCUUCACUACACGGUGCCGGAGGAGCAGGAGCCCGGAUCAGUGGUUGGGAAUAUAGCGGAGGAUUUGGGGCUGGACAUCACCAAACUUUCCGCUCGUCGCUUCCAAACGGUGCCCAGCUCGCGCACCCCUUACCUGGAGGUGAACUUGGAGAACGGCGCGCUCCUGGUGAAAGAGAAGAUCGACCGGGAGGAAAUCUGCAAGCAAACCAUCCCCUGUUUAUUGCACCUGGAGGUGUUUCUGGAGAACCCCCUGGAGCUCUUUCGCGUGGAGAUCGAGGUGCUGGAUAUCAACGACAAUCCGCCCAGCUUUCCAGAGACUGACAUUUACGUGGAGAUCUCGGAGAGCGCCAUCCCUGGCACGCGUUUUCCCGUGGAGAACGCCUUCGACCCGGACGUGGGCACCAACGCGCUGAGCACCUACGCCAUUACCAACAACAACAACUUUUAUCUGGACGUGCAGACGCAGGGCGAUGGGAAUAAGUUCGCCGAGCUGGUUUUGGAGAAGCCGCUGGACCGGGAGCAGCAGGCGGUGCACCGUUACGUGCUGACGGCGGUGGACGGCGGGGUUCCUCAGCGAACCGGAACCGCUCUCCUGGUCGUCAAAGUUCUGGACUCCAACGACAACGCCCCCACUUUCGAGCAGUCGGUGUAUGAUGUCAGUUUGCGCGAAAACACGCCGGUUGGCACCGAGGUGAUCCAGCUGAACGCCAGCGAUGUGGACGAGGGCCAGAACGGGGAGAUAGUUUACUCCUUCAGCAGCCACAACGCGCCCAGGAUCAAGGACUUGUUCAACAUAGACGCCCGCACCGGUCGCAUUGAGGUGGCCGGCGAGGUGGACUAUGAGGAGAGCAGUACGCACCAGAUCUACGUGCAGGCGAAGGAUCUGGGCGCCAACGCGGUCCCCGCUCACUGUAAGGUGCUCGUCAAACUCGUGGACGUCAAUGACAACACGCCAGAAAUCGGCUUCAGCACCGUGACGGAGUCCGUGAACGAGCAGGACGCGCCCGGAACAGUCAUCGCGUUGUUCAGCGUCUCGGACCGCGACUCCGGCGAGAGCGGACAGAUGAGCUGCGAGAUCGUGGGAGACGUUCCGUUCAAGCUGAAGUCCUCCUUUAAAAACUACUACACCAUCGUGACGGACGGACCUCUGGACAGAGAGAGCACGGAGUCCUACACCAUCACAGUGGUGGCCAAAGACAAGGGUCAGCCCUCUCUGGCGACGAGUAAAUCUAUUAAAGUGCACGUUUCUGAUGAGAACGACAACGCGCCCCGUUUCACACAGGUCGUCUAUGACGUUUACGUGACAGAGAACAAUGUUCCCGGCGCGUUCAUUCAUGCUGUGAGUGCCUUGGAUCCUGAUGUGGGACAGAACGCUGUCAUUACAUACUCCAUAUUGGAGUGUGACAUCCAGGGCAUGUCAGUGGACACCUACGUGUCCAUCAACCAGGACACCGGGUACCUGUACGCGCUGCGCUCCUUUGACUAUGAGCAACUGAAAGAGUUCACUUUCAUGGUGCAGGCGAAGGACUCCGGGGCUGUGGAACUCUUCUCAAACGCCACUGUCAACGUGAUCAUUGUGGACCAAAAUGACAACGCGCCAGCUGUCAUCGCGCCGGUUGGUAAGAACGGCACUGCCAAGGAGCACUUGCCUCGCUCGGCUGAGCCCGGGUACCUGGUGACACGCAUCGUCGCCAUGGAUUCCGAUGACGGGGAAAAUGCACGGCUGUCGUACAGCAUCCUGAGAGGGAACGAGAUGGGGAUGUUUCGCAUGGACUGGAGGACCGGGGAGCUGAGGACGGCCCGCAGGGUCUCGCCAAAGCGGGACCCCCAGGGCUUCUACGACCUGCUGAUUGAGGUGAGGGACCAUGGGCAGCCCCCGCUUUCCUCAUCCGCCAGUGUGAGUGUAAUAAUAGUGGACAGCGUGGUCGAAGGCCGCAGCGGGGAAAGAGGCACGGCCUCUGGGGCCAAGGAGACCUCCCUUGAUCUCACACUGAUUCUCAUAAUAGCCCUGGGCUCCGUCUCCUUUAUUUUCCUACUGGCCAUGAUCGUGUUGGCCGUCCGCUGCCAAAAGGACAAGAAGUUGAACCUGCACACCUGCCUGCUGGCCGGGGAGUGCUGCAUGUGCUGUGCCCCGUGCUGCAGCAGGCAAGUCCGGGGUCGUAAGCAGAAGAAGCUGAGCAAAUCUGACAUCAUGUUAGUCCAGAGCACCAACGUGACGUCAGGAGUCGGCCCGGUGGGGCAGGUGCCUGUGGAGGAAUCCGGCGUGGGAGGCGUGGGAGGAGGCUUCGGCUCCCAUCACCAUCAGAACCAGAACUCCUACUGCUACCAAGUGUGUCUGACCCCGGAGUCGGCCAAGACGGAUCUGAUGUUCCUGAACCCUUGCAGUCCGUCUCGCAACACUGACACUGAUCACAACCCCUGUGGUGCUAUAGUGACCGGAUACAGCGACCAGCAACCGGACAUUAUAUCCAACGGCAGCAUUCUGUCCAGUGAGACCAAACAUCAGCGAGCAGAGCUCAGCUACUUGGUGGACAGGCCAAGACGUGUCAACAGUUCCGCUUUCCAAGAAGCUGACAUAGUGAGCUCCAAAGACAGCGGUCAUGGAGACAGUGAACAAGGCGACAGUGACCAUGAUGCCACCAACAGGGGCCAUUCAGCCGGUGCUGAUCUGUUCUCUAACUGCACGGAGGAGUGUAAGGCUCUUGGCCACUCUGACCGCUGCUGGAUGCCGUCCUUUGUGCCAUCCGACGGGCGCCAGGGGCCCGACUACCGCAGCAACCUUCACGUCCCAGGGAUGGACGCCACGUUACCUGACACUGAGGUACCCUCCUCCGUCAACCUGUCCGACCAAGUCGCCAUGACCUCGUCCACUGCCUCGUCCAGCGAUAGGUCAUUCUCCACCUUUGGCAAGGAUGGUCAAAGGUCACAGUCACACAACAGCCUUCACCAUCACCUUCAUCCGCAACAACAGCAGUACAGCUCCAGCACGCUAGAGAGGAAAGAGUAUGAUAGGGGGACGCUCCCGUACAAACCUACCUUUCUCUCCGGGAAAAGGAUUUGCUAGCUCGUUCCACGUGGACCUGUCAGAGACAGCUUGAAGUUCUGUCUUAGACCGACGAUACUGAUGCUAAAGACAGCGAAACGAAUACGCGACAUCAGCUUCUGAACAUUGUCGUGGCCAAUGUACAAAUCAAAAACAAUCUUUGGUGCGUUGGAACCAAAGAGUUAUAGACACACGAACUGGCUGAGGCAUCAGAGGAGCGAUCCGAGGCCUUAAUCCGUUCAGCAGGACUGAAACAGACGUUGUGGACAUUAGGAAGGUGAAGGAGAGAGACACAGACAGGCGCUAAAGGAAUACAAAAUGAAAUGGAACAAAAAAAAAAAAAAAAAAGCUGGACAUAUUUACUCACUGUGGAGGUUUUUGUUUCUGACCAAGGAGUUGGCCUCUAGAGAUCUGUGUGUGCCUGUUUACAUCAAGCAAACAAUAUUUCUGUACAAAUUUCAGCCAACGUCACACAGAACCCUGGAGCGGUUUCUACAGUCACCAUUAAGUCAACUGUACAGAGACUGUGCGCAGAGGGGAAAGUGAAAACAAAACACGGAAAGAGAUGAUGUUGUACAGCUACGAAAGGACGAGGAAGACGAACACAGUUUCUUAUAAAUUUGGUACCUCUGUGUUCUUUUCAUUUACAGUAUUUAUUUGACUGUUUCAAUGUGGCAACUCACUUUUUUCACUUCCUGAUCUUACGUGUGGUUUCGAUGUGAAGAAUCUAGCCUUGAUCCAGCAAACAGGAACCUGCGGUUUGGUAGGAGAUGUUCAAAUUUGUACGAGCAAACGUAGGAAAAACCAGCUUCAAGAGUUCAGUUUGUCAAUAAGAAGAGAAUGAGGCUCUUUCUCACGCGCCAUGAGGUGAGAGACAGAGAACCCAACAACAGAUUGUGAUUUCCGAACAAGGCCUAUAUACGUAAACAAUCAGAUACAUUCAGUGUUUUUAUAUAUCUAUUUUUUUUCAUCAUGUGUGAAAACUGUUUACAGUGCUAUAAAAAACAAACAAAAAAAUAAAAAAAACAAGAUAAAUAAAUAUAAAUCUAUAUAUACAUCUAUCUAUAUAUGUAUACAAUCUACUUUUUUUGAAAACUGUGUAACCAUUGAGUAAGUUUCUACGCUGCAUAAUGUCACCCAUGCUAUAUAACAAAGUGCUACAAAAGUCAGUUUGAAACAAGUAAUGCUUGGAUGUACAAGCCAACUCUCUGAUGCCAACCGAGGAUUAAGUUGUUGUUCAUCUUUGAUUGUUACAUUUCACAGAUCAGACACGUGGGUGUCUGCGUGUAGCGGUGACACUUGAGUGUUCCAGCCUGUGUUCGACUUUAUUAAAUAGACUGUGUAUUCAUGUACAGGACGGGAUGGGGAGGGAGGACCAUCACUACUGAGCUAGAUAUCCAAGGUUUUACAAUCAAAUGUGAGUCGACAUGUUUUCGGACACAUGUGGACACGGACACACACAAAAAGUCAGGUAAAGUGGUGAUAAAUAAGACUGUCUUUUAUGUUAUCUGUUCCUGUUCUGUUCAACAUGGAUUUACAAACGACCAUUAAAAUGUUGCUGUAUAAAAAGGAGAAAUAAGAUGUGUAGUUUUUAUGAAUUGUUCAGACGCUUGGAUACAAAAAUGAACUACACAAAAGUGUGGGGGUCAUUCAGAAGCAUUAUGCCGGUGUCUUCUACAACUGCGGAUGUCGUGCAGAUAACGCAACACUCCACGCAAUGAUUUGUGCAUUCAUUUGUGUAUCAGAUGAUAAGUUAUCAUUUUAUUUGAAAAAAGAGACAGUUUUGCUGCAAUUUUAAUGUGUGUUUCUGCAUAUUUCAUUCAUGAAGAUAUUUAAGUGUCUAUACAUAAUGCAUUUGCAACAUGAUGCGAGGUUGCGGUGUGAGCUGGAGAGACAAGGCAUGAAAGUGAAAAGCAAGAGCAUCAGUAGCGAAUGAGCGAGAGGCAGGAGGAAGAGUGAAGAUGUAGGCUGUGUACUGAAUUGAGAUCACUCAGACAAACAAGGGCGGUGAAGAGGAGAGUGGAGGCCGGGUGGACAACAGAUACUCAGUUCAAAAGUGUGAAAUAGUGGCUGUUUUUACGUGGACUUCUGGGUUCCAGAGUGAUGCCAUCCAUGCGCAUGUUGACUCACGGAAAAGAAAGAUGGAGGUUGAGGUGAAGCAAUGGUCUGGCGCUCCUUUUGCUCUACACGGUGCUGUGUCACUUGGUACAUAAGGCACCUCAAAUGAGCAUGCGCAGUAGUCAUCGUAGGUGCUAAACCGUAUAUACCUGAUCAACACUCACCUGGACACAUCCAUAUAUUGAAGUUGGGAAAGUGGGCUUGUGCACCUUAUGCUGAGGUCAACGCAACACAUAAGAAAAACAGAGGUUGGGGUUUGCACUCCUUUGGUUCCACACUGAGUGUGACUUUGUGCUGCCGUCUUUUAGAAGGAGAGCUAUGUAAUUCAGUGAAGAGAGCUUCCGAACGUCUUUUCUAAACCGUUAAAAUGCUUAUGCAUCAUCAUGCAACGUCAGUACAGGAGACAGAAUUCCACUUUCCCAACAUCAACAUAUUACCCCAUGGGAGUGAAUUGGAGAACUGUACUUUGGAGCAGGUGUCACAGCAGAGCUUUCUCCUCAUGCAGCGCUGCGUUCCUCUUCCAUCUCAACAUUCGUCCAGCGCCCCAUUGGGUUGCAUAUUACGUCUCACACAUCACAACUGUCAUAACUUGGGAGCCCUGAAUUGACCCAAAAAUAGUCACUAUUUGAUGCCUUGGGAGUGAAACGGUGUUGAGGUGGAACGUGUGGGCAUGACUGGCCCACAUGGCCCAACAAGCUUUGGCGUGACACGGUUGAUGUGAGGCUCAUGAGUAUCAGCAAGAAUGAAUCAGACGUUUUUCCCUCAUAGGGAGUGAUCAGAAAAGUCACAUAUAGGAUUUACCAGUAUAUCAGAGUGGAGCGCUUUAUGUGGAGUUUUGGGAAGGAGACAAAGAGACCACUUGAGAAAUGUUGAAAGGGGAAUCAAUAAAGGUGAAUAAAUGAUAUUAGCGCAGAUGUUGUGAAGCUGUUUAUGAUAUUUGGAUCAGUCAUGUUGAGUUUACGACAAACCCAAAUGCUAAAUAAGAUCUUCGCAGUGACGUAAACGUCAGUUCAAAAGUGCGUGGCGGCAGCAUGUGGUGAAAAAUGGAGGUUGUUUAGUCAAUAUUUAGCAUAGCCUGGUUUGAAGUUGACUCCCAUGAGUUGCUGUUUAAGAGAGUCUCUUUGAGGGAGUAGAGUGAAGCUUGGAUGAUCUCUCUUGGCAUGGUGCGUGUGUAUAGCACACACAGUACUUUGGCAGAUACUUUUGGGUCCAUAAGUUGGUUGACUCGACUGUUAUCCUCCAACUUCUGUCUCCAACCCUUUUUGGCCAGUGAAAAUGACGCCAGGGGAUUUAGCCUCGCAAGUCAAGAUAGGAUUGUCUGCUGAGUUAGUCAGCAGCACACAUUUCUCCACAUCCAAUAGAGCAUGAGAAUAUGCAGGAGUAAGCUUCUUACCGCACCUUUGAUUGAUGCUAGUCAGGCUGGUUCCCUGGGUUUUCAUGAUCCACUUACACUACCUUGCAGGAGGAAAAGAGAGAGAGAGAGAGGAAACAAGUGGACUGGGUGAAGAGUGUAUUCCGAGAGGAUAAGUCAGACUUUUGUUGUGUUUUUGUCCAUGUUGUUUCUGCUUGUUCUUCUGUGUAGUUUCACUGAUGUUCAACAUCCAUUUGGCUGCAUUACUGUCUGGUAGUGUUUCUAAC